ACUUUUUUUUUUUUUUAAAAUUAAUCUCCCUCGCCUUUAUGCAUUCGAAACUCAAAAACUCAAAAGCAUGGCGGCAACAAGCGAUGAGCAGAUGAAUUUGCUUCUCUCUAGUUUCGAUCAGAUCUACGAGGAUUUUAAAAUCGGGUUAAAUGAGAUCAAUGUUUACAGAUCUAAGAGCAAUGUUGACUCAAGCAGGAGAGAGGUUCUUGAGACUAGUAAUAAAAACCUUAAACAAGAGAAUGAGAGGCUGAAGAAGCUUUAUACGGAAUCGUUGAACAAUUUUGCUGAUCAGCUUGAGCAUCGAACUAAGUGCCACAGCUUGAAAGAAGAACUGAAGAGAGUGAUUGAUGAAAACAAAAGCAAAGAACUUGUGAGAUUUGAGAUCUCCCUUCAUGUCAAUUCUUUGUCAGCAUUUUCCUUGUGGUUUGAAUCUGAAGAUGAUGCUUGGAUCAUUCAUAGGCAUAUAGGCAUGAGUGUUAAGAUUUACUUCUUAAAACCUAUCUGUUUUGAUCUGUGGCAGGAACUUGGGAAUGCUUUGGAAUUGCUUAGGCAGAAGCAUGUAACAAAGGUUGAAGAGCUGGAGAAUAAAAUCAGAAGCCUUUUGGUUGAAAAAGCAACAAACGAUAUGGUAAUUGAUAGGCUUCGACAAGACUUGACAGCUAACAAAUCGCAUAUUCAAGCAAUGUCGAAGAAACUGGAUCGAGUAGUUACUGAAGUGGAAUGCAAGUAUGAGCUCGAGAUUCAGGAUCUAAAAGACUGCCUUCUGAUGGAACAAGAGGAGAAAAACGAUAUCAGUAACAAACUUCAGAGUCUGCAGAAGGAUUUGCUUAUUAGUAGAACGUCAAUAGCUGAAAAGCAGAGGGAUACAACUUCAAAUCGACAGGUCGAGACAUUGAAACAGAAGCUAAUGAAACUGAGAAAAGAGAAUGAGAUCCUUAAACGGAAACUAUCUUCUUCAUAAAACAACCAGGAACCAGACUUUGCUUGCACAAAUCACUUGCUGCUCUGUCCCACAACGAGUAAGCUCCAUGAACCCAAAGCAUUUUCUUCAGAAUAUUAUCGUAGAUGAUACAGUUGAAAACAUACACCAAAACCCAUAGUUCUCAUCUUAGAACACAUAUAAAAUUGAAAAGGAACC